AUGGCGAUGCAGGAAAUUAUGGUAUUGAGCGACUUGAAGAAAAUUUCAGAUGAGCAACUAGAGCACCGAAUCAGCGCUUUCCAAGGUACUCCCACACACAAGCUACAAAACUGGGCAAGGACAUUCGAAGCGACGCCUGAGCGGAUAUACACGCCGCACACGAUCGCCGACACGCAGCUCAUCGUAGAAGCAGCCCGCAGGGCAAGGGUGCGAGUGCGAGCCAUGGGCGUGUGGCACUCGCCCUCUGACCUAGCAUGCAGCGAGGGUUGGAUAGUAAUAAUGUCGGGAAUAGCAGGUGUGAUAAGUAUAGACAAAGAAGACCGCACGAUCACCACCCACUCAGGCACAUUGUUGAGGGAUAUCAAUCAGGCACUCGACGUUAACAACCUUGCCAUGCCGAUCCUCGGGUCUAUUUCCGAUCAGACUAUAGCUGGCUGCCUUGCGACAGCCACGCACGGCAGCGGGAUCGACCACCACUGCAUGUCAUCGUACGUCCACUCCCUCUCUAUCCUCGUAGCUAGUGGUGAGGUGCUAGAGUGCUCACGCACACUCCACCCACACCUCUUCAACGCUACGUUGUGCUCCCUCGGCGCGACAGGCAUCAUUCUCAGCGUGGUGCUGAGCGUGGAGGAGAAAUUCAACCUGCAUCAAGUCACAACGGCAAUGUCGUUCGACGAGUACACCAGCAGUCCCUCUUCCUGGCUCGACCGGUGGCGCACUGCGCCCUAUGUUAAGGCGUUCUGGCUGCCCCAGACGGGAGGAGUUAGUCUGAUGCAGUCGUAUAAAGCCGCACAAAACACUGAAAAAUACCAACCGCAAGCGCCUGUCUCUAGCACACUCUUUAGCUUUCUUCUCCAGCCACUGCUGCUGGUGAAGCGGUACGUGCCCGCUAUCGCUCCCCUUCUCAGCCACCUGGCGUGGCGGUGUGUGUUUGGACAGCACCAACAGCGCACAGACACCUCGUGCAACAUUUUCAACAUGGACUGCGGUCUUUUGCAAUACACUACCGAAUGGUCUGUGCCUCUGUCUCAGGCUUACGAGUGUAUGUUGGAGCUCAAUGAAUGGCUGGUGGAUGAGAAUGACGUUGAUUUUCCACUCGAAGUGCGCAUUUCGAAGGCUGACGAUAUCUUACUUUCCCCUGCUAACAAACACGUGGGCAAUCAAGUAGAAACUCACUUCAUGUGGAUUGGCCUGAUCAAAUACAAACCAUUCAAUUGUCGUGUACGCUAUAGAAGGAUAUUCAGAACCUUCGAAGAUAUCCUCCGUAAAUAUAACGGUAGAGCGCAUUGGGCUAAGCAUUCCACACAAACACCUCAAGAAGUUGGUGAAAAGUACAGCGGGCUGCCCAAGUUCAUGGAAAUUAUCCACAAGUAUGACGAGCAUGGCAUUUUCCUCAACCCCUUCAUUGAUCGCCAUUUGAUCUGCGAGAAAGGGGACACCUAUAGACAUUUCAAGACUCAUCAAGUCGAAGCAUUUGGAUUUUGA